UUUUUUUUUUUUUUUUUGGCCGUCACCGUAGUUGGAUAUAGGACAAUGUACGUAGUACAGUCAAAGCAUGGCUAGCCGCGAGCUGGAGUAGCUAACCGUGCAUUUAUAUAGAAGAGAGGACUGGCCAUCCUCAGGAUAUCUAUUCCUCAGGUCUCUAGCUGUUGAUAUUAUAGAUACAUACCAAUCGCAUUAUCAUGGCUUCUCACGCCCCAUUGACUCCACCAGUGGAGCAUGAACUAUGCUCCCAUGAACUCGCCAACGAAGAGAAUAACCUCACUCCUACGCCGUCGUCGUAUAAGCAUGCUUCUAGCAAGCAAGUUUCUCGCGGAACAAGUCCUACUGCUCCAGAGCUAGCGGACGAGGUAUACAGGUCACCACAAUCCACAUCAAAAGAACCAGAAUCAACGGAGAACAGACUCAGACCGGCAGCAGAUGUCAUCAACCGCAUAAUCUGGGAUGCCAAAUUCGACAGUGACGACUAUAUUAUCGGGUACGAGGACAGAUUCAAUGGUCGUCUGGAAACUAGUCUGGGAUCCUGGAAGAAGGAUCUGACCGACGAAGAGUUUAUUCCGCAGCAUCGAAUUAUAUAUAUCAAGCGGAAGUUGGGUGAAGAAAUCGUGUGGGAUAAAAGGAGGAGAACCGACAAGAUAUUCUACAGUGGGAAUUCAGCAUACAGUUGGCUGACAUUCCUUACUUAGGGUAUAUUUGUGUGCUGUAUGUAAUUCAUGAAGUCUACCAUACUUAUCUUAGUGCUGUGUGCAUACUAUCAGGUUAUUAUCAGUCUAUAUGACUCUAAGCUCGC